AUGACCGAACCGAAAAAACCCUUCCCACAUGUCGUUGAUCUGUCGAAUUAUGUUCUCCCUCCUCCUAGAACGCUACACGAGCUAGCCAUGGUCAAGCUCUCCGCGAGCAUCCGCGAGAAACCAAAUUGGUGGUUGAAAUACACUGAUCCAGAGAUCCGUGCACGCUGGCGGAAAGAGGCGCAGGAGAUGGCUCUCGUGUGGAUCGAGCGCGCGACAAUGCUCGUCCCAUUUGAGGAUGCAAGCAAAUACAUUACUGGGGAUCACGGGCAGGGAAGCAUUUUAAACUCAACCGUAACGCUCACUGAAAAAGAGGUCGAUUACAUUCUUGAUGAACUGGAUGGCUAUGCGAAGUUGCGCGAAGAGCAGAGUGGCAUACAGGCAAGCAUCGAUAAGCUUCAUAACUCUACAAUACUGAUCGGCAGUGAUUUACUCGCACGUCUGAAGAAAGGUGUUGCCGUGUUGGAAGACGUUCCCGAUUCCGAGAAUGAUUGGCAUCCAGGAUCGAAUGAACAGGUUCUCGACCUUGUGCACCCGUCACUCUAUUGCGUCGUCUACGGCCGUACUCUUGCGUACCCACGCACGAACAAUACAUUGACUAAGACAGCCGCAAGCCCUGCUCCAUUGAAACCCCCGACUUUCGUCACCCUUGCACGGGAGCUAUCCUCCCAGCGUUUCCAAUGGUUGCCAACCGACUUUUCCAUCGACGCAGAGGGCAAAGCGAAAGCUCUCAGUUACAUCAAUAAUCUGCACCCAUCACAUAUGGAGCUCUACGAUGCUGUUGAGGGAAUAAUAUCCGCGUUCGUCCCACUCUUCGAACGUGUAUUAACGGACAUGUUAAACCCCCUCCCACACCGUAUUCCUGGGGAAUAUCUGCCGUUGAAAGAGGUGGAUCCGAGGCAUCCGCAGAACGAAGAUGCCGAAGAUUAUUAUGAAGAACUGGAAGGAUACAUAGAUAAUAUCUGGGAAGAAGAUAGAAUUGUUGGAUUACCGCAAGUGCCUGAAGAGGGGUACACGGGUGGGCGAGAAAAGAGGGACAAUAACGUGUCGCUGCGUGGACGGACCAUUCAGGUGAUAGUCAAGCUAGCUAACAUCCACCUUACUCCCGAGAAGCCCGAAUACAAAGGGGGUUCAUGGCACAUCGAGGGAAUGGGAAAUGAGCGCAUCGUCUCAUCAGGCAUCUAUUAUUAUGAGCAGGAGAAUAUCACGGGAAGCGAGCUAGCCUUCCGUAUUGCUGUGGACGAGCCAGAACCAGCGACGAAAAUACAAGCCGAUACUUACGAUUACCAUGCACACUACAAGACGUGGGGUAUGAUAAUGGACUACGACGACUCGACAAACCUUACGAACGUCGUUGGUGCGACGCCAACGGUAGAGGGAAGAUGCCUAGCCUUUCCCAAUAUCUACCAGCAUCGAGUUUCGCCAUUCCGUCUUACAGAUCCAACCAAACUAGGUCAUCGUAAGAUACUGGCUUUGUUCCUCGUUGAUCCAAACCUCGAGGAACCAAUCCCAUCGACCUCAAUCGUCCCUCCACAGCAGCAAUCCUGGAUUAAACAAGCAUUGCAUGAAGCAGAGCCGAGCACCUUGCUACACAAGCUUCCUGCCGAACUGUUAGAUGCUAUUGCGAAGCAAGCAUCUCCGGAAGUUAUGAGCGAAGAGGACGCGAAGAAGUUCAGGCUGGAAUUGAUGGAAGAGCGCAGUGCCCAGGAAAAGGACGAUAAUCGAUAUGACUAUGACUUAUACUCGCGUGUUUUUAACCUGUGUGAACACUGA